GGGAGCCCGCCCCUUUGAUGUGCGCCGGCGCCGCGGUGAUUGGCUGGGCGCUUGUGACGUGCGGGGACUGCGGUGGGCCCGGGUGCUGCGGCUGCCGCAGCGCCCGCCGCGGCUCCGGCUCCGGCUCCCCGGGUAUUUAAAGGGGACGCGGCGACGGCCCCGGGGAUGGAGGGCAGGUGGAAGGGACGGAAGAGAAACACAUCAUCCACGGUCCCUCGGGACCGGAGGGACGCGUGAGCCGGAGCUCAGAAAUCCGGGGGUGGAUAAGACUGCGUCCUCCCCGAUUCCCGAGCUCUGGAUGAAAGCUUGAGACCAACAAAGUUUCUAGAGGUGGUGCCCAGGAUAAUAUCCUGACAAUGAGCGGGUGUCUUCCAGCUGUUGGCCUACGAUGCCUAUCUAGGGACGGCAGGAUGGCUGCGCCCGGCGCGCCUCGCUUCCUCCUGACCUUCGACUUCGAUGAGACCAUCGUGGACGAAAACAGCGACGACUCGAUCGUGCGCGCGGCGCCAGGCCAGCAACUACCCGAGAGCCUGCGGGCCACCUACCGCGAGGGCUACUACAACGAGUACAUGCAACGCGUCUUCAAGUACCUGGGUGAGCAGGGCGUACGGCCCCGGGACCUGCGCGCUGUCUACGAGACCAUCCCCCUGUCGCCAGGCAUGGGCGAUUUGCUGCAGUUCGUAGCCAAGCAGGGCUCCUGCUUCGAGGUUAUUCUCAUUUCGGAUGCCAACACCUUCGGUGUGGAGAGUGCCCUGCGUGCCGCUGGCCACCACAGCUUAUUCCGCCGCAUCCUCAGCAACCCAUCCGGGCCCGACGCGCGGGGACUGCUGACGCUGCGGCCCUUCCACACGCACAGCUGCCCGCGCUGCCCCGCCAACAUGUGCAAGCACAAGGUGCUCAGCGAAUACCUUCGUGAGCGGGCCCGCGACGGCGUGCACUUCGAGCGCCUCUUCUACGUGGGCGAUGGUGCAAAUGACUUCUGCCCCACGGGGCUGCUGGCGGGCGGGGACGUGGCCUUCCCGCGCCGCGGUUACCCCAUGCACCGCCUCAUCCAGGAGGCACAGAAGGCGGAUCCCAGCUCCUUCCGCGCCCACGUGGUGCCCUGGGAAACAGCCGCAGACGUGCGCCAACAUCUGCAACAGGUGCUGAAGAUGUGUUGAAGACCAUCACCGGCGAGGGGUACCCGGGGACAACCGGCGGAGGGGGGGGGGCAGGACUGGGAAUUGGUUAAGACCACCUGGUUUUACUCCUUCCUUUCUUCGCUUUGCUAUGUUCCUCUGGGCAUUUCUGGAAUUUUGUCCGCUUGUGGUCUGGGAGCGGAGACUCAGAGCCGUCCCUAUCUAUGCAGUUACCACAGCUCGGCUGCCUCCCCUCCAGGGAGUGGUGAGCACCCCUUGGAAGGCAGGCAGUGUCCCUCGAACUGAGAGGAAGGGGCUCCUGGCAGCUGGGAGAAGGGACAUCUCCCACUACUUCAGCUGCUGCUUCGGCUGCGUAACUUC